UGACAGUUGACAGAUUAGUAAUUGAAAUGUCAAAAUAUAUCAACAAAGAUGUCAAUUUAUUAAAAUUAAUUUAUUUUAUAGUUUAAAAGAGUAAAAGCAAGAUAAUUGAUAACAAUGUCCGCUCCAGAAGAAAGCUCGGCUUUCCAGGAAAAGCCGGAAGAAAUUAAAUUCAAACGAAAACCUCGCAAACAAUUCAGAAAACCCAUCAAAGAUGAGGACAGCGAUGAAGAAGACCACAUACAAGUUAGUUCAAAAUUACAGGAAAUGAGAGAAAUACAGAAACUUAGAGAGCGGCCAAACGGUGUGAAUAUCGUCGGUUUAGCUUUGGGUACAAGAAUGCCACCGGAUACAGAUUUAAAAGACAGUUACAACAAAGAUAUCGGUGGCUUAGUGUCUUUAAAAGCAUUAUCUAGUGGUAAAAUUAACCAAGUAGACGACGCUUACGAUACAGGAAUAGGAACGCAGUUUUCAGUUGAAACCAAUAAACGAGACGAGGAUGAAGAAAUGAUGAAGUUUAUAGAAGUGGAAUUAUCUAAACGAAAAGGUAAAGAAAAACAAGAUAAUUUUCACGGUGACACCAAGAAAUAUCACACUCCUGAAGAAAUCGCUCUCCAAUCUGUACCUGAACACUUGAGAGAAUCGUCGAAAAAGCAAUCUGAAGAAAUGUUAUCAAAUCAAAUGUUAAGUGGCAUACCUGAGGUAGAUUUGGGCAUAGAAGCUAAAAUAAGAAAUAUCGAAGCUACAGAGGAAGCCAAACUUAGGUUACUUUGGCAAAAUCAAAAUAAAAAAGAUGGCCCCUCUCAAUUUGUACCAUCUAACAUGGCUGUGAAUUUUGUACAGCACAAUAGAUUCAAUAUUGGACGUGAAGAGGUGCUGGCAAAAAAGGCUAAAGUUGAAGAUAAGCCUAAAAAGAAGGACGAGAAAGCUACUGAUGAUUAUCAUUAUGAGAGAUUUAAGAAACAAUUCAAGAGGUAGCAGUAGAAUAUCACAAGUAUAACCAUGCUUGUUUUCAUACAGUGAAGAUAUCUAUCUGGAAAUGUCUAAAAUUAUUAGACAUACUGGCAUUUGAAUUAUAAUACAUGUAAUUAAAAAUUAAUUUAAAUUAAAAAUAUACUAC